ACCGUGUGUUUGGAACCCUAGUUGCUGCUAGGGUUUGUGCCUAUUUCUGUUAUAAUUUGUGUGCUCUUGAAUCAGUAGAAUUGGAGUUCUAUCAAUUGGUGCUUCCAUUGAUCUCUCUUCUCCCGACCACGACCUUCACAUCGCCACCGCCUAUGGCUACGUCGGACACAAAAAGCGGCGACGCCACACCACCACCACCAAUCAACUACACCAACGAGGAGCUUGCCCAGAUGAUAUUUGAUACGAAUAGCCGUUACGCCGGUCAUGACAGGAAGUUGAUGUCGAUUCAGUUUGAUCUUGAAUCGUUUGCACACAGACAGGAUGCUUCAACUAAGAAGUUGAUGUCGAUUCAGUUUGAUCUUGAAUCGUUUGCACACAGACAGGAUGCUUCAACUAAGAAGUUGGAGAAUAGCCUUGCCCUUCUCAUCGAGGCAAGCCAGAAUCGUUGGAAAGAACCACCCGACCCCGCGGGUUUCAAUCUGGCCACUCGCGGCUGGCGACUUCCGCCUUCACUGACAACACUACAGCGAGGCGUCGAUCUGGAGCCUCUCCCACGAGUUAAACCAGAGGCACCCCGGUUUAAUGGAGAGAACGCGCCUGAUUGGAUCCGGAAAAUUCAGCGCUACUACAAUCACCACUACACACCGCUUCAAGAUCGCCUUUACCUGACAUCGUAUCUGUUCGACCAUCCGGCGUCAAGCUGGCUUACUUAUUGGGAGAACAAUUGCAAACACAAGACGUGGGACGAAUUCCUCAUGGCAGUUAAACAUAGUUUUGACCCGGAUUUGUAUGUUGAUUAUGUGGGUCGCCUUGCUGAGCUCCGCCAGACAUCUUCGGUGGAUGCUUACCAAACUGAAUUUGAGGAUGUCAUGCAGAAAACAACCGACGUGGGCUCUGACACCCUUAUUUCUUUAUUCAUUGCGGGGUUACAUGACUCUAUCAAACAAGAGCUGCUCAUAAAUCGGCCACCGUCGCUGGACGCCGCCUUCACCCUAGCACAAAGGCUGGCUGCUUGUCAAUCUCUACCGUCUGCAAUGACUGCUUCACCGCGACCGUCGUGGCAUAACCGCGACAACAGACCCAAGACUACACCGGCGCUGGUCGUCAACUACCCGCCAAAGACUGCCACGACCCCGCAACCGCGUCCGGAGCAGAAUACAUGGCCUAUUGGUCGCUUCAACAACAAACCGCGACCAAACUAUCCUGUCAUCCGUGUCUCUGCGGCUGAGCGCGCAGAGAAGACCCGUCGGGGUGAAUGUUGGUGGUGUCCGGAGCCAUAUUCUUUCGAGCACGUUUGCAGCAAGAAAUUUUAUGCACUCAUGGGAGCAGACGACGAAGACGACUGGAUUGAUGAUGAGAAUGGGAUACCAGAGGAUGACGGCGAGACUAUGGUUAUCACGGGCGACGUGUCUAGUAUUCAUGUCAUUAGUCCAAAAAUCCGUCCCCGCACCAUUCGUCUGACGGGCAGGAUUAAUGAUUCUGCGGUUUCUGUACUGAUUGAUGGCGGCAGUACCCACAAUUUCAUCCAACCCGCCGUCGCGGAACAUCUAAGUCUUCCUCUUCAUGAGAUUAAACAUUUUCGUGUUUUUGUGGGUAAUGGCGAAUCCCUUCGUUGCUCUCACGCUUGCUUGCACACUCCAAUUACAAUGCAGGGUUAUACGUUUGAGAUCGACCUUUUUAUCUUGCAAAUCAAUGGGCCGGACGUCAUACUCGGUGUGCAAUGGCUGCAGGAACUUGGUGAUGUCAACAAAAAUUAUCGCCAUUUGACGAUGAAAUUUGAUGCGGGAAACAGACCGAUAUUUCUUCAAGGCGAGGGAGCUGAACCGAGGCCUAUCUCAUAUAACAACUUGUUCUCCCUUGUCGGCCAGGAAUCAGAUUGUGAGCUCUUCGAACUGGUCUCGGUAUCCCCAGAACUAACUACUGCCGAACCAGCCUGCCCUGGCAUCGGUGUUAGCUAAGUUCCAGGUGGUGUUCUCCAUGUCGACGGGCCUUCUUCCGUCCUGCCGCUGGGAUCACAGGAUCCAUCUGCCGCAUAACUCCAAGCCGGUGAAUGUCCGCCCAUACCGCUAUCCGUACUUUCAAAAGACGGAAAUCGAGCGCCAGGUUCAGGAUAUGCUUUCUCAGGGUGUAAUUCAGCAUAGUACGAGCCCCUUUUCGUCACCUGUGUUAUUGGUCAGGAAGAAAAACGUCUCCUUUCGGUUUUGCGUCGACUAUAGAGCACUUAAUGCAGCCACAACACCCGAUCACUUUCCCAUUCCGACGACGGAUGAACUCUUUGAUGAAUUGAGUAGGGCCCGAAUUUUUUCUAAACUGGAUUUGCGUUCAGGAUAUCAUCAAAUCAGGAUGCACAGUGACGACGUGCACAAAACUGUUUUUCGCAUGCAUGAUGGACAUUUUGAGUUCCUGGUGAUGCCUUUCGGAUUGACAAACGCCCCAUCAACCUUUCAGGUAUUACAUACGCUCUCUGCCAACAGCUUUUAUGUGAAGCAAUCGAAAUGUUCCUUUGGUGUUGAUACGAUCGAUUAUUUGGGACAUAUCAUCUCCGCUGGUGAGCUACGGGCUGAUACCUCUAAGUUAGAGGCAAUGGCAUCUUGGCCCACUCCAUCCACAGUGAAGCAAUUGCGUGGAUUUUUAGGUUUGACCGGGUAUUACAGACGUUUUGUGAAGAAUUAUUCCAUUAUCCCAGCCCCCCUUACUGACUUGCUUAAGAAGAAAGCAUUCGCUUGGUCCCCGCUGACCGACGCCAAUUUUCUUGAGUUGAAAUCCGCGAUGAGUUCUGCCCCUGUGCUCCACCUCCCAGAUUUUGACUUACCGUUUGUCAUCGAGACGGAUGCCUCAGAUUUUGGAAUUGGAGCUGUCCUCCUACAGAAUGGGCAUCCUCUGGCAUAUUUCAGCAACAAAUUGGGGCCACACUGCCGAGUUUCCUCGACAUAUCACAAGGAACUCUACGCAAUUGUUGAGUCGGUACAGAAGUAGCGACAAUAUCUCCUCGGUAGGGAAUUUAUCAUUCGAAGUGACCAGCGCAGUUUGAAGGAAUUACUUUCGUAGGUUGUACAUACACCGGAUCAGCAAUUCUACAUUCGAAAGUUGAUGGGUUUUAAAUUCUCCAUCGAGUAUAAGUCUAGAGCGUCCAAUAGGGUGGCUGAUGCCCUAUCUCGCCAGAAUCCUGACGCUGACACAGAGAACGCGAAGCUGUUCCUCACCUUUGCUCGCCCGGUUCCCCUGGUUUUGGCCAUUAUUCAUCGUGAAAAUUCGACGCUACCAGAUCUAGUCGCCCUUCAUGAAGCUGUCGCAAACCGGCGAGCUCCAGCCCAUAUCUCCGUGACGGACGGGCUGUUGUAUUUCAAGAACAGGCUGUUGUUGAGCCGUGAUACUGCUGUUCGAAAUGAUAUUUUAGAAGAAUCCCAUGGUUCCAAAUCUGCAGGACACCCAGGUGAAAAGCGAACUUUCUCACGUGUUGCUUCUUCUUUCUUCUGGCCGGGUAUGCGCGCUGAUGUACGUCGCUUUGUGACUGCCUGCUCAGUUUGUCAGGCGACAAAAUAUAUAACGGAUAGACCGUCCGGCUUGAUUCAGCCACUCCCUAUUCCGGACUCGGUAUGGUCCGCAGCGUCAAUGGACUUUAUUGUGGGUUUGCCCAGUUCCCACGGAUACACUGCCAUUAUGGUCGUCGUCGACCGCCUCUCUAAGUAUGCUCAUUUCGGUCCCUUGCCCACGGGUUUCGAUGCUCCCACAGUUGCCCGCUUAUUCGUUAGCACUGUAGUGAAGCUGCACGGUUUCCCAGAUAAGCUCCUUACCGACAGGGACCCCAUAUUUGUGAGUGACUUCUGGAAAGAGCUUUUGACUAUGAGCGGAACGAAGCUCCAAUUCACUACAGCUUAUCAUCCACAAACGGAUGGCCAGUCGGAGGUGACGAACCGUACUUUGGAGCAGUAUUUACGUGCUUUCACGUUCGAGCAACCGAAGAAAUGGUAUGAUUAUCUUCCUUGGGCUGAAUUGGCUAUGAAUUGUAGCGUGAAUAUUAUCAUUGGGAUGUCACCUUUCAAAUCCUUAUAUGGACGUGAACCGCCUAACUUGUUCGCGUCGCCGGCCUUGCCUGCGAAGAAUGUAGCCGUGGUGGAGAGCUUGGGUGAGCGCACGGCUCUUUUGCGGACCUUGAAGUCGAACUUGCUGGCUGCACAACGAAAAAUGGCAGAGUAUGCUAAUAAACAUCACAAGCAUGUUGAGUUUAAUGUGGGUGAUGAUGUCCUGCUGCGCUUGCAGCCGUACCGCCAGGUUUCUGUGGGUAAACCAUUAUCUGCUAAAUUGGCAAGACGAUACUAUGGUCCAUUCAAGAUCAUUGAACGUAUUGGCGCGGUUGCCUACUGCCUACAACUUCCACUUGAGAGUAGGAUCCAUGAUGUCUUUCAUGUUUCUCUACUCAAGCCAUUUAUUCCUCCACUAACAUAUUCGGUACGUUCUCAGCUUCCACAGUCUUUCAACAAUCACCGCCCGGUCGAUGUUCCAGUUCGUGCGACUGAUGAGCGUGUGGUUCUGGUCCACGGGCUACCCCAGCAUCAAUGGUUAGUGCAUUGGUCCGAAAAUGCAGACAUGCCUUCUUGGGAGUCGAAGGAUGAUUUGUUACGCCACUUUCCGUCUCUUAGCCUUGAGGACAAGGCUGUGCCUAUGGAGGGGGGAGUUGAUAGGGGACUCAACGACGUUAUAAUCCAAGACGAGGGGAACACGCCGCACGGGCAGCCCGAACCUCCUGCAACAGCCAAUGUCGAGGCAUGCCGCAAGGACGAAAGAGGUGCAACAACCAAAGAAGGAUCGCCCCCAAGCCGCCUCGCUACCGUGACUUCACGUGACAUUAGAGAUAGCAGAUCUUUUAUUAUUUGUUGCCUUAUUUAAUUUCCCUAUUUUUGGAUAUUUUUGCUUAGAAUAUUAUUAUUAAAUCU